GCAAACUAACGCAUGAAGGCCAGACACGCUUCAUUAGCGAUGCUAAAAUUAUCUUUGUUCUUAUAUACUUACUCGGUCGAUCAAUCAAAUUAGGUACUCGUCUAAUAUGACCAAUGGCAAUAAGAUGAGCAGUGAAUUUGGUCAGUUCGAAACUCGAGUUAUGGUGAUGUGUUUAAGACUUGUCGGCAUUUACUAAGCGGUUUCAAAACAUACCCAAGUUCGUUCAAAAGUCUGGAUUUGUGUUCGUUGAUUGGUAGAUAUGAAGCGCUCUUUGUAAUUAUUAGGUAUAUGGAACCCAUAUAGGCAAAAAUGGUUGUGUCUAGAUAUUACUUAAUUGGUUUGAGUACAUCCUUUUCUUUACACAUACAUAUCUGUUCUUUCGGGAAUUUUUUUUAGUAAUAUUACAUCUAAAUCUGGCUGAAUACAUAUGAUGAGUACCUUACCUUCAUGGCAGCUCUUUACACUAGGUACUACCUACACAGAACAAAUGUGAAAAUAGAGACCUUAUAAACUUUCACCUAAGACUGAUUGUUACUUACAUGAAUGAAAGGGCUAUUGAUAGGCAAGGGCCAGGCAACACAAGGUCUAUAGAAAACCAGUUUACAUUGGAUUGGAAAGCAGUCGGGAUGUCGGUCAGUACGUACGCACUUAUAUCAAGAACAGAGAUGAGACCAACACAUGAUGGAAAUUGAAAAUUAUUUUAAUGGGAGAUUGAAGCGAUCUGUGAUGAUUUGAUGAUUACACUGGGUAUUACUUAGGAGAAUUGAUUUUCUUUUUCUUUUUUCAAAGAUUUUAUUUCUGCAAUUUAUUGAGUUGUGGUUAGUCACGUGGAUCGAAACGUUUACUGAGCUUGGUCAUCGUUUUUAUAAUUUUGAAAGUAGACAAUCCAAUUUAUAAACUUGGCAAUAACCACAUAAAUAUGCUUAGUAACUUGUUGAUGCUAUAUUAUUACACUGCAAAUACGAACUUGAAUCUAUUAGUAAUUGAAAGUGACCAGGUCAAAAGCGCUACAUUUUAAUUGGAUAAAGUCCUUGAUCCAAACAUUUCGACUACUUACACUUAACGAUUUAACAUAGCGAUACCUUUCAACGUACUCCCAAAACGGUAAUCCAAUCAACCAGACAGACAGAUAAGCCAAUAAUGGAUCACUUGAAUCGAAUACAAUUGAACGCAAAACAACAAUGCAAUGUGAAUGAAACACUCUAUUGAUUGUGUGACCACGUGCGUCCAUAGAAAUAGCAAGUUCGAACGUUAGGUCAGACAUAAUCGUGUUAAACGAUAACCGUCUCCGUCAAAAUAUAACAAUAAGGCUACUUAACAGACCCUCCGUUGCUGAUUAAAUAUUACUAAACAUAUUUCACAAUUGUAAGCUGAUUACAAACAAUAACAAAGGUUGAAGGCGAUAGGAUUAUAGCUUUUUGAAACAAAUUUAAUUGGAUCGCUUCAAAUUAGAAGGUCGUGACUUAUUCUAUUUCAUAUUAAUGGCCUAAUGUCUCUCAAACGAAGGCUAAGAUUCCAGAUUACAUUUAUGCGUUUCCAAAUACUUUAUCAAAGCUUUGAAUUAAUACAACUAAUGCAAUUCCGUUGUAACAAGUGAAUGCGUUGAUAAAUAUUCUGGUAUUUAUUAGUUGCGUUCAGACUAUUUACUCACUUGGAAACAAACAUUUCAUUUAUAAAUACUUAUUGUAUCGGUCGUCAACAUGGCCCCUAAUGAAACGUCCAUUUAGUUGUUAAUAGAAUUAGAGCGAGACAAUGCACUUCGAUAAAUACGGGAAGCAAUUACGGGUGUACAUGGAGGUCCUUAGUUUUGAUUGAGACACAUUGCAGGGCGCCAGCGAGCCGUCUCGUUUGUUUUGUGGUCCUUCGAUUGACUCUUGCGCAACCGCGAAAGUAUUUUACUGACAUCGUUGUCGAGUGACUCGAAUUAAAUUAUCCAAUCAAACUGUCAUUUAGUGUUGUUAUAAUAAUGAUCCAGAGUUGUGUCCCGAAAUGAAUAAGACCAGGUUUUUUAGUUUGAGAAGAAAACGGUCGGUAGCAAAUACACAAAAUGACGAGCCUCCAGAGAUCACGUACUGUGUGGUUGGGGGCGAAGGCGGGUUGGCCCUACAGGCAGUCACUCCCACACAUCCAAUGCCACCAGAAGAUGAACUCGACGCCAAGUUUGCGGAACUCGUGGAGGAGCUGGACUUGACAGCAGUGAACAAAGCCGCGAUGAUGGCGCUACCUGCAGCCAAGAAGUGGCAGAUCUACUGCAGCCGGCGACCACCACCAGGACAGCCACCACCGCUCGCCACCGCGCCACAGCUUGAGGAGUACAUCAAGGCUCUCAAUGAGAUUGCUGAUGCCUUCGCCUCACAAGAUGGAGUGCCACCAGCAGAAGCGUGUGCUCUGGUCGACGGCCUCAAAACAGCAUUACGAACAAGAGCCCACAGUUUUGUACUCCGGUUCAUCAAGCAAGGAGGUCUAGGUUCCCUGCUAGAUGCCCUGCAGAAGGCACCUAGGGACGAUGCCUUGACCAGGCAUAAUCUCAUAGCGGCUAUCAAAGCGCUCAUGAAUAACUCGACCGGGCGCGCGCAUGUCCUGGCCCAUCCCACGAGCAUCGAUCUGAUCGCACAGUCCUUAGACACUGAGAAUGUAAAGACCAAGGUCGCUGCACUUGAGAUAUUGGGGGCUGUCUGUCUUGUACCAGGAGGACAUAAGAAGGUGCUAGAAGCGAUGGUCCAUUACCAAAAAUAUGCUGGCGAACGGGCUCGGUUCCAAAGCAUAAUGAACGAGUUGGACAGAAGUACUGGAGCCUACCGCGAUGACCUUGGUCUGAAGACUGCCAUCAUGUCCUUCGUGAACGCUGUCCUGAACUAUGGACCUGGAGAGGAGAGUUUGGAGUUCAGGCUGCAUCUUAGAUACGAACUUCUUAUGUUGGGGAUACAACCAGUAAUCGAAAAACUCCGUAAAUACGAAAACGAGACUCUGGACCGUCACAUCGAGUUCUUCGAGAUGGUUCGGAACGAGGACGAGCGGGAGCUGGCGCGGCGGUUCGACAAGGAGCACGUGGACACGAAGAGUGCCACCUCCAUGUUCGAGCUACUGAGGAGGAAGCUCAGCCACACUGCCGCGUAUCCUCACCUACUAUCUAUGCUGGAACAUCUGCUGUUGCUGCCUUUGGAGUACAACCCUCAGUCGCAGCACUGGUUGCUGCUGGACCGCGUGGUGCAGCAGUUGGUCCUGCAGCAGCCCGCCGCCGGCAGCCGCGCCAACUCCGAGCAGGGCAGCGAGCGGGGCAGCACGUCUGAUACCACUAAGAUCUACGACCCGGACGUAGCUCCGCUAGAGAUCAACGUGGGUGAGAUAGUGCAUCUCCUAGCCAAGGAGGAGGAGCUGGUGGCCGCCAGGACGAAGGCAGAAAACUUGGAAAAGGAAAACGUUGAUCUCGCCACCGAACUCGCUAAGAAGGAGAAGCAACUGGACGAGCAGAGUCAGGAGCGAGAGGAACUCGAAGGAGUCGUCAGUCGGUUCAAGGAGCGGCUCGAGCGGGAGACGGCCGCCCACAUGGAGUGCAGCGAGCGCGCGCGCGCCGCCGCCGCCCGCAGCCAUCUACUGGAGCAACAGUUGAACCAGGAGAGAGCAGAACGCACCAGGUUUGAGAAACUAGUCAGUGAAGGAAGCAUACCUGAUGAUGCUAAGGUGAGCAACCUAAAGAGCGCAGUCAUCGAAACAUGUUCCAUACCACCCCCUCCUCCUCCCCCUGCACUAUGCCCUCCCCCACUCCCACCAGCACCCCCAGCGCCUGCGCCCCCACCAGCCCCCAUGGCACCGAUGGCGCCCGCCAUAGCACCACCCCGCGCCAAGAAGAACGUGCCAACUCCUGGCAAUCCUCUGAAGAGCUUCAACUGGAGCAAAUUGCCUGAUACCAAGCUGCAUGGUACCAUCUGGCAGGAGCUUGAUGAUACUAAGCUCUACAACGCUAUGGACUUGCAUACCAUUGAUAAAAUGUUCUGCGCGUACCAGAAGAAUGGUGUUCAGAAUGAAGGCUCAGUAGAAGACCUGCGACAGUUGGGAUCGAAGCCGCGCACUAAGAUACUGAGCGUGAUCGACGGUCGCCGCGCACAGAACUGUACCAUUCUACUGUCCAAACUGAAGAUGACUGAUGAGGAGAUUUGCCGUGCGAUCCUCCGCAUGGACAGCGGCGAGCAGUUACCGAUAGACAUGGUGGAGCAGUUAGUGAAGUUCACGCCGAGUCCCGAGGAGGCCGCGCUACUGGAGGAACAUCAGGACGAGCUUGAGAACAUGGCACGAGCUGACCGGUUUCUUUACGAAAUCUCCAAGAUCCCGCACUACUCGCAGCGCGUGCGCCUGCUCCUGUUCAAGAAGAAGUUCAGCGCGGCGGCGGGCGAGGCCACGGCGCGCGCCGCCGUGGUGCUGCGCGCCGCGCGCGACAUGACGCGCUCGCGCCGUCUGCGCGCGCUGCUCGAGCUCGUGCUCGCGCUCGGGAACUACAUGAACAGGGGUGCGCGAGGCAAUGCAUCAGGGUUCCGUCUGUCAUCCCUGAACAAGCUGGCGGACACCAAGUCCUCAGUGUCACGGAACACCACACUACUGCAUUACCUUGUUGAACUACUUGAAACAAAGUUCAAAGACAUCCUGCUGCUGGAGGAGGACGUGCCGCACGUGCGCGCGGCCGCCAAGGUGUGCGUGGAGCAGCUGGAGAAGGACGUGGCGGCGCUGCGCGGCGGCCUGCGCGACGUCGCGCGCGAGCUCGACCACACCGCCGCGCGCCCCGCGCCGCACCCGCUCGACACGUUCCUGCCCGUCAUGAGGGACUUCCACGCACACGCCGUCUGCUCCUUCACGCAGCUCGAGGACCUGUUCCAGGAUAUGAAGAGUCGUCUCGAAGCGUGCGCGCACGCGUUCGGCGAGGAGCCGUCCGCGUCGCCCGAGCAACUGUUCGGCGCGCUCGACGUGUUCCUCACGCAGCUGAACGACGCGCGCGCUGACUGCGACGCCGCGCGCCGCCGCAGGGACGACGAGGAGCGACGCACUAGACAUGAACAGGAGCUCAAGAAACGCACGAUGGAACGGAAGCAGGCUUCCAGUCUGCUGAGCUCAGUCGGCAAAUCUCUCGGCAAGUCCAACGGAAACUCGGACUGCAACGGACACUCCGACAGUUCCCGAGAUGGAACACUCACCAACGGUCAGAAGGGAGAGUUCGAUGACCUCAUCUCCGCGCUGAGGACGGGAGAUGUCUUCGGAGACGAUGUCGCCAAGUUCAAGCGAUCCCGCAAGGCUUCCAAAGUCAGCCACAAAGGCAGGGACUCCCCCCCACGGGGCGUCUGCAGGGAGGACUCUAGAGAACGACAGAAGAAUUGAACGAGAAACUAAACUAGUAAAGGUUAUUGAAUGUUUGUAGCGUCCAGCGCUCCUUCGUAGUUCAAUGUCGAUACGAUAGAUGUGCUUUAUUUAUUAGGAAAAUCUAAAGCAUUGUCGUGGGUAAAAUCAAUGUUCAACUGUGUGCGGCCACGCUCCACUCAUGGUUCGAUAUAAUUUUGGCUUUAAACGUUUACCUAGUUUCCGUCAAAUUGGCAUUCUAGAAAUACCUGUAUCUGGGCGCUGGACUGUCGGAAGCAAACGAUUAGUUUAAUCGAAACGUGAUAUUUAUCGAGUAGGGGAUCCUAUUGGACCGUUUUAAGUACGGAGUCACAAAUAUGAGAUUACAAACGACGUAUGACGGUGUGACGUGUCAUAGAACCCAAUAGUUUUAUGCGACAACGAAGCGACAGCUGCCAUUUUGUUUUUUGGAUAUGUUUUGGAAAUUUCUCACAAACAUGGUGCCUAAUUUUGGACGUUUUUGAGGUCGUGGCCUGACGGAGUUGCCCCAACUGUAAUCUCAGUAACAUUGACGAUACGGAAGUUGACUUUCUGUAAUUUUUAUCUCAAAACUAUACCAGUGGAAGGUCUUGCAGUUAACACGAGUCCCCUCUGAGGGCCGCGACCUCGCCGAGAAUUUUCGAGAAGCUUUUUGCUGGUUAUCGACUGAAGUAGUCAAAGACUGUGCAUGUUAUUCCAUAGACGUUUUUAUUUUAGUCUUUACGUAACUAUAAGCGUUGUGUGAUUUGAGUAACCAUAGAGUUAGUAUGUAUUGAGUUUAUAUUCGAGUUCUCUUGGUUGUAAGAGAAAGUGUCGUUGUGUUUAUCAGUCAGGGACCGCGUCUUUUGCGAAAAAAGUCAUUGUAAAGCUCACGAAAAUAAUUCCGAUAAAUAUGACGACAGUUUACAGUAUGAAUGUCGAUAAUUUUUUACAUAUCUCAAUGUACCUAUAGACAAAUUGGACACAAUAGAAUGUUUUAGUGUCAAUACGAUGGGAAUUGACGAAUACACUAUGUUAUCAAACUGUUACUAAAGUUUACUAGGUGUAGGAAUUGAUACAUACCUAGCUGUAAACAACAUUUUGGAAUUUUGUAUCAACUAAAGCGUGGUAGAAAAUUUUUGAUAAAUUUUACAUUAUAAAAAUUUUAUAUAAUUACUUACGUAACGAUCAUCGUCAUUUUUAAUUUAUUCCCAAAUGAUUUAUUGAAUGUAAAGUUCUAUUUUCAUUGUAAAUAUUAUUUUUAAUUUUUUUGCCAAAAUUUGUUACCGUCACUAAUAAAACGGAAUCAAUAAU